CGCCGACAUCGCGUCAAGUCGAUCCUCGAACCUUCUCCGCCGUUCAGUCCCCUUUUAGCUACUAAGAUUUUUUUAUCCUCAAUACAAGUUUGUUUUCAGAAAGAUGUUCUCGAUCGCUCUUGUGAAAGGAUCCAUCGACACUGUUCCGACACCGGCAUGAAAUUGAUGGGAUUUCAAGGUGCUCGUGGUGAUCCUGGCAGUCAAGGUCCAGUUGGACCACCUGGAAGACGUGGACCUGUCGGUCAAGUGGGUCCAUCAGGUCUCGUCGGCGAAGCCGGAGAGGUUGGUUCUCCGGGAAGGGACGGGCGGUGUAAUUGCUCAUUUCCGAAUAUGUACGUGCAUAGAGUGCCUAUUCCUGGACCACCAGUUAAAGAGAAGAUGGUUCCUGUCCCGGUUGUGGUUGUAAAAGAAGUCGAAGUGACGCGUUUGGUACCAUUUGAGCCGACGCCACCCGGUUUCGGACCUCCGCCAGGAUGGUCACCAGGAAUGCCUAAACCAGAUUUGAAAAACGGCACGCUUCUGUUUGGGAACUUCACCGAUGAAUGGGGUAACUAUACGAAUUACACUACAGUUGAGCCAUAUACGGGACCACCGACACUUGGAUACAACAGGAGAGAGUGUAUGCUUGCCGCCGUAGGGAUUCCCGUCCUUCACGCUGAAUCACAAUAUGGAGAAGUUGGAUCAUGGAUGCGGGAUUCCCAUCCCCAGUCUGAUCAUAUGGCUGAGAAACGUUGGGUUACGGACGGUUAUGCAUCGCCGGUGCUCUAUGAAUAUGAAAACGAACGACAAAUGAUGAACAAAGUACAAAAAAUCAAGUAUUAUGUCGAUUACUUGGCGUCCGGCACCGGAAACCUUAUCUACAACGGCUCCUAUUAUUAUCACAGACAUGGGACGACGUCUCUCGUACGUUACGACUUGGAGACAACCGAUCAAAUCGAAGCUGAUCUUGGGGAUAUCGCUCAUAAGGAUUGUGGACGUUUACCGGACCAUACGUUUGAGGACUGUAACGAGACCGAACGGCAUCCGUGGCUCUACAAUCGACCCCACAACUAUGCUGAUUUCGCCGUAGACGAGAACGGUCUAUGGGUGAUCUAUAUGCGACCGGAAAGUGACGCACUUUAUGUGAGCAAAAUUGAACCGGACUUUUAUAUAGUGGACACAUGGGAAGUGGCGGAUGUGAAUGGGACGCAGCUGGCCGAUGCCUUUAUAAUGUGUGGUGUAUUGUACGGUCUGGAAAAUGCAACCACCAGGGAUUCCCGGAUCAGUUUCGCCUACGAUUUGUUCAGAAAUGAGACGAUACCUGGUCAGGUGGCGUGGUACAAUCCCUAUCAAGGUCUUACGAUGCUUCACUAUAAUCCAGUAGACAGUCGUUUAUACUUUUUCGACGACCGACGUCUACUCAGUGUGAACGUGCGAAUGGAUGAAGAUGAACCGGAAUACGAAGACUAA